AAUUUAGCAUAAUCGGCAACAAUGCGUAUAGAUUGUACUGUACGUUAUAAUAGUGAAAAAUCGUUCGAAAGAAAUAUCGCGGUGAUCGUUCAAGGACAAAACAGACAACACGCGAGGAGGCGACGGUUGGCGACGUGAUGUCGCUCGCCAACAACACGACGACGAGCGACGUAAGCGGAGCGAGCGGUGCGACAUAACAGUCUAUUUCUCGCUGUGGAGAAGUUCGCGUCGUUCGCUCUCGCGCGAAGUUCUCGUUGCCCGCCAUUUUGCCGCGUCAUCGCCAUGAACAACUUCCAACUCAUAAAAGAAGUGGCAGCACGUCGACUUUUGUGGGACAAGUCAGAUUUGGAAUGUGAAGUUAACGAUGUGUCCAAACGCGAAGAACUAUGGGAUGAAAUUGCCGCAAAGUUAAGAGCCCCCAAACAAGUCGCUCGUACAAGGUGGAAAAAUCUUCGAGAUUCGUACCGUCGGCUAAUUGUCAAGCAGUACGAAACAGGAGAAGAACCGAAAUGGCGCUAUUUUAAAAUGAUGAGCUUUCUAAAGGACGCAGUUAUGAGCACAAAGCCUCGCACUCUAGACGUUAGUUUAAUGUCAAAAAUGGCGCAAUCAUCAUCUUUUGGCAACAUGCUAAAAACGGAACCAUCAGAAGAUGAAUACGUGUCAUUUUCCGAUAUUAAUGUGGUCGAUUCCGAAGAAACGAGCAACUUAGAAACGUUGCUGAGAUCUUGCAGGAAAAAGAGGCCAUCCGAUGACUGCGAACCGGAGUACAUUGAAGUACAGGGUUCGAUUGAAAACGAAAAUCACAUUAAAGUUAUGCGUCUCUCGUCCAAUGACGAAGACUUGCAGUUUUUGCUGAGCCUUCAUUCUCAUUUAAAGAAAGUACCACCGCACAAAAAGUUAAUAGUGCGAAUGAAACUAGAAAAAAUAUUCUAUGAAGAACUGUACAGCGAUCAAAUUAUAGAAGACCAAGAAGUAAAUAAUGAAAAGGAUUCAUAGUAAUAGUUUUUACGGUAUUACUGAUACUACUUAGUUUAGAUCGUUAUCUAUUGCGUAUUGAAUAGAAUAUUUAUUAUGUUGAAUAAAAUAUUUUGUAUUAAUAAAAUUUAUGAUGA